AUGCCUUCCAGAAUCAAUCACGCCCCAUCUCUCCAAGUCCUGACGGACAAACAAAACUGGCCAAAAUGGAACACAGAAAUGGUCCUUAGUCUACGACAGCGCGGCCUGGGCCCUCUCCUGCGCGACGCGAACAAACCAGAAGACGAAAGUAGUCUCCAAAUCUGGAACAUCAAGCAAAAAUUGGCCUGUGCAAUCGUCGUCAGUCACCUAGAUCCGAAAUUUGCCAAGAUCAUGCACCGUCACAAGACGCUCGAGACGCUGCUCCGUGCCAUCGACGACUUCACCAGGCCAAAGGGCAAAGCUGCCAUCGGUCUCCUCUGCAGCCUGUGGAAUCGUCUGCGAUCACUUUCUGCGUCGCGCCAUAAGAGUAUCGCUGAGUACUGCGAGGAGGCUCUUGAGAUUCAGAGGCAGUAUGCACGUCUUGGAUGCAGUACUUCUGAUCCCAUUAUCUGCUGUGCGUUUUUGGAUGGGCUUCCGUCGCACUGGUGGCAUUGGAAGUAUCUCCAGCAGCAUGAGAUGAAUGUUACUUGUGCCGGGGAUGGGACAGAUUCGUCGACAUUCAUGCUCUCCAAUCUUGUUGGUGAUGCGUUGGAGGAAGAUGAGAGGCUGUAUGUUGAAGCUUUACGGUCUGCGGAGACAAAGUACCGCAUGAAAAUCAUCGAUGCGACGAAGACGCCUGCUACAGUGGAAAUUGAUUUCUGUACGGCCUGUAAUGGGUUCUUUCAUUCGGCGCCGGCAUGCUUCAAGCUGAAUCCUCAGCCGAGAUCGCGGCGGAAGGGGAAUAAGAGACAGCGAGCUAACUCUAGGGAGCUGGGGUCUUAUGGGAGGUGUGGGGUUGAUGUAUCUUAA